CGUCGCGCUUCGCUCGCCAUUUUCCCGUCUUGUGAAGCCAGAAUCAGCCUCUUCUGGUGUCACGGUGCCAUUCAACGCUGUCCGGUCAUAAAUAACUCGUUACCGCGGACGGACUGAGCUCUUAAGAGUCUUAAAUCGGUUUACUUCUGCUGGAGCUCCCAUAAACAUGAACAUUUUUAGGCUAACCGGCGAUCUCUCCCACCUAGCAGCCAUCAUCAUCCUGCUGCUAAAAAUAUGGAAAACUAGGUCUUGUGCCGGUAUUUCUGGGAAGAGUCAGUUCCUGUUUGCCUUGGUGUUUACCACUCGCUACCUGGACCUACUCACCUCCUUCAUCUCUCUCUACAACACCACCAUGAAGAUCAUUUACAUUGGAUGUGCGUACGCCACUGUGUACCUGAUAUACCUGAAGUUCAAGGCGACUUACGAUGGGAACCACGACACUUUCAGAGUGGAGUUCCUGGUUGUCCCUGUUGGUGGCCUGGCUUUCCUGGUUAACCAUGACUUCUCUCCGCUGGAGAUUCUGUGGACAUUCUCCAUCUACUUGGAGUCGGUGGCCAUCCUGCCCCAGCUUUUCAUGAUCAGCAAGACUGGUGAGGCUGAGACUAUCACCACGCACUACCUGUUCUUCCUGGGACUCUACAGAGCCCUCUACCUCAUCAACUGGAUAUGGAGGUUCUACUUCGAGGGAUUCUUUGACAUGAUCGCCAUCGUUGCUGGGGUGGUGCAGACCAUUCUCUACUGCGACUUCUUCUAUUUGUAUGUAACGAAAGUGCUGAAAGGAAAGAAGCUGAGUCUGCCAGCUUAAGUGCCAAAGAGGAGUGUUUUGGCAGACUCAUAGAGGGGGAACGGAGCGGAGGAGGAGUGGUAGUGGACACCUUUGACAACCCCCCCCACCCACCCUACCCCAUCCUCCACCACCGCUUCCUCCUCUUCCCCUCCCGCCAGUGUAAGAUGCCUGAGACAGAGAGCGAGUGGGAGCGACUGGCUGCACCUUCUUCUGAUCCAGGAUCAGUGGAAUCACACCUGCAGAGGCUGGUCCUUGGCCUUGGGAUUUCUGUUUGAUGCAUCUUGCCUUAACUUUUUUUAUUGCUCUGUACAAAAGGAGGGGGGGAAAAAAACGUCAGAAAAGUUUUCUACAGAAAAAUGUGUACUCUGAAGAUUUGACACAUCGGUGAAUAAGAGUUGAAGAUGUAAAAUUGCCGGCCUUUGGCAUUGUAUGAUAUUGAAGCGGACUUCUUGUGGUGGGAUAUUAUUGACUCAAGCGUUUGUAAUAGUAUUUGCAAUCAAAAUAAAUGUACAUUGUUUUUCCUGAAUCAAUUUGGGGAGGAAUUUGUUGAACCCUCAUAACUUUGGUGGUCAAAUUGUUCAUGUUUAGCUUUUCUUGUUUUGACCACUAUGCAUUUUCAUGUAGAAUCUAUUUUAGUUUCCCGUGCCCUUUACAAAUUCAAUAUAAAUAACAUAUGGUUAAUUAAUUUAAUAUUCUCUUUUCAACAGAAACGCAAGUUAUUUUUGUUCAAAUGCCUUCAAAACAGCCCGGUGUAAGUUGCUUCUGUGUGUCAUUUUAUUUCUCUUGAGCAGAAAGCUUAUUAGGAAACAACACAGAAUGAAAGCAAAAUAUUAAAUGGACGCCAAUGAACUCCCAUCACUGUAAAUGGCUUUCUUAUUUGAAUACCCUGUUCAUUAUCCAAUGAGGACAAUAUAUUGCCUGCAAGUAUACAUCACUGCCCAGCUCUUUUAUUUCUCAUGGCUCCUUUUUAAUUGUUUGAGAUGAGUGAAUUCACUGGUAGUGGAUGUGAGUCAUCACAACAGAAAUGGAAUUCUUAAAUUUAGGUGCAGAAAAAUUUAUUUUUUAUCUUCUUUAUGGUUUCCAACAAACAAGAGUCCAUAGAAUUGUUCACCUGGUGUGCAUAAUUUUAAUAGAGAUGAGCACAAUCCUAUGGACACUGAAUCCUUAAUGCUCCUCAAGACAUAUCUGCUUCUAUUUUAGUUUUCAUGCAGAUCAUUCCAAGUUUCCUUUUAAUUUCCUACCGGAACUUUUGCACGAUGUUACCACCACAAAUAAAGACUUUAUGGGAAA